AUGCCUGUCCAGUCCAAGCCCAUACCUGCCCUCUACACCGUCUACAUCCUCCGUUCUACGGUGCGCCACGCCUCUCUCUACAUCGGCUCCACGCCCAACCCCCCACGCCGUCUGAAGCAGCACAAUGGCGAGGCUCGCGGCGGCGCUGCUCGCACCUCCCGCCUAAGCCUCCGGCCCUGGGAGAUGGUGGGUCUGGUCUCCGGCUUCCCCGGCAUGGUUGCCGCAUUGAAGUUUGAGUGGGCGCUGACCAACCCGCAUCUGUCUCUGCACAUCCCUUCCGCGUCGCGAAUCACUGUCUCGGCUGGAGUCAAGCGAAACGGCCAUCCUCGCCGGCCUCGAGCGAGUCUAUCUUCGAUCCUCUCCAAUCUACAGCUACUACUGAGCGUACCUAGUUUUCGUCGCUGGCCGCUGACAUUGCACUUCUUCGCAAAAGAUGUACACAAGGCAUGGCUGCUGUCGUCUGUCAACACGGCCGAGCCUCUGCGAAACACUUUGGAUGUGGUCACCGACUUCGGCCCUGACCCUGCAGCAUCUUCAGACGAUGCCAAGUGGGGCAUCCAUGCCUUACCUCUCGACUACACACCCAUCAAGGAAUAUAUUGAAAAGGGGCAGUCCAUCACGACCUUUGAGAGAGAGGGCCACUGUGUUGUAUGCGCCGAGGCGCUCCCUCACAGGCAGGGACUGCUGGCUGUAUGCCCGAACGAAGGCUGUGAAGGCGUCGGCCACCUGUCAUGUUGGAGUCGUCAUAUACUCCGCAAUGAAGGCGAACAGCAAGCGGUUGUCCCCAUUCAGGGUCGUUGCCCCCAGUGUGGGGGCCAUGUCCGGUGGGUCGAUAUGAUGAAAGAACUGACGCUGCGGGAAAGGGGCGCGAAAGAGAUCGAUACCCUUCUCAAGAAAAAGAAGCGGCGAACCAAGUCUUGA